UGAGAUCAUAUGGUCGUAUUUUCCAAACUCUAGCUCGGAUGGAUCGACUGCAGCGCAGCGUGUAACUUUUUCCUGUGGGGCGGUGAUCCCAACGGAUGCAACUCUGAUUUUCUCUUACUUCGGCGAUGUAAAAAAAGACUAAUAUAAGAGCAGGUAGUUUCCAUAGAACAGCCUGAGAUUUGUAGUAAGAGUUUACACGGGAGAAAAAUAGCCCUGAACGCUUUAGUGUCCUUUUAAUUUAGUGCACAAACUUUGGUCAACGCAACAUCGCCUCGGAUAUAAAGUGGAGGAAUGUUUUUCUACAUUUAGGCUUAAAGGGUUGUUAUGAGAGUUUGACAGCUGCAGCGCUGGAUCCCUGAAGCAGGACAAAAUGACAUCACAGACCAGCAGUCCCAGACCCUGCAGAGUUUGACCCAGGAUGGAACUGAAGGUGUGGGUCGAUGGAGUCCAGCGUGUGGUCUGUGGGGUCACAGAGGCCACCACCUGCCAGGAAGUGGUCAUCGCUCUGGCUCAAGCCAUUGGUCGCACAGGACGCUACACACUGAUCGAGAAAUGGAGGGACACAGAGCGACACCUUGUUCCUCAUGAGAGUCCAGUUGCCUCUCUGAACACUUGGGGUCAGUAUGCUGGUGAUGUGCAGUUUAUUCUGCACCGCACGGGUCCCUCUCUCAACGAGUACCCUACAGCUGAAUGUCAGACUCCUUUGGGCCCCGAGCGUGGCCUGCACCGGCAGAGCCUUCCCCUGAUGGCCAAACUCCGAGCUCCAGGCGACCGUUCCCUGCGCCGACGAGAACCACGACGUAAAUCUCUGACCUUCACCGGUGUGCCCCGCAGCCUGAGGGAUAUCCUUAGUGGAGGCAGGCUCAGUGACAGUAGCGCUAGACAAAGAGAGGUUUUAGUAAGAAGUGCCAGCAAUUCACCAGCAGUGUCCCCGCGGUUAUCAGGCAACCGCAUAGAGGAUCUCACUCAACUGGUAAGGCUGCAAAGGGAGACCCUUUCGGUGUUAGACGGCAGGAUGGAGGCGUACGAAGCAGAUCUUCGGAUGUUGACUGAGAAAAGAGUUGGACUGGAGGACAACGAAAUGUUUGUGAAAUUGACUGAAGAGGUUUCACGGUUGGAAAAGCAAGUGCGACGGAACAAGGUGGAGAUUGAGGAAGAGGAGUUCUGGGCGACCGAGCUCCAAAUUGAACUCGAGAGUGAAAGGCAACUGCAGGAGCGGAUCCAGGAGUUGAGCGGUCGGCUGCGCGGUUGUGAGGUGGAUCUGGAGCAGCGGAUGAGGACUCUGCAGGGUGUGGAGGCUGGGAUAGAGACUCAAAGGCAACAUAAGGAGAUCAGAGAGACCCAGCAGGCUAGUGAAGGGGAGGUGAAGGCUAGACUUCAGAGAGCGAAGGCAGAACUCAAGGUUCAGGCUCAACACUCGGCCCAGAUUGAAAACAGCUCUAGAGCAGUGGACCGCUCGCUGACUGAGUCAUGCAGGAGACUGCAGGAGAGUCAGUAUGAACUGGAGCAGCUGACUAAAGAGUUGAGGCAGGUAAAUCUACAGCAGUUCAUCCAACAAACCGGCACCAAAGUCACGGUUCUGCCUGUCGAGCCCGGUGAUGAGGAAUCCAGUAGCACAACAGGUGAUAAAGACUUUGCUGCAUUAACCGGCUCUUUGAAACGACCAAGUUUAUCUCAUCCGGUGGUUGGCAGCAUCCGCGGACUCCACAGUCCAAUCUCUGCUGGUCUGAAUCCUGAGGGUAUCUACGUUUGAGGACCGCAAAUAACUUCAAUAGAAGAUUUCAAAACCUCUC